GGUCGGGCCGCUGUUUCCGGUCGGGCCGCUGCUCCACCAUGAGCAACGAUCUUUGACCAUGAGUUCCAUCCUGGACGACUACGAGGAUUCGCAGGCUCGGGCCCGCCUGCGGCCCACCGGCCUCUCCCACCAGCACCAACAGCGCGGCGGCAGCGGCAUCGGACAGUCCGGCUAUGUCAGCGCCCGGCUGGAAGAGGAAAAGCCCAUCUUUUCCAAGCAGAGAAUUGACUUCACUCCUCCGAAUGAUAUCACCCACCUCGUGGUGUGUAACAACCAGCUAUGCAUGAGCAUGGGCAAGGACACACUGCUAAGGAUUGAUCUUGGAAAACCGGACCAGCCAAACCAGAUUGAAGUGGGACGCAAAGAUGACGCUCGGAUCCACAAACUGUUCUUGGAUCCCUCGGGCUCCCAUCUCCUGAUCAGCCUCACCUCCAACGAGUGCCUGUACCUCAGCAGAAACUCCCAGAAGGUGAAGAGCCUGAACCGCUGGAAGGGACACCUGAUCGAGAGCAUUGGGUGGAACAAACACCUGGGCACGGAGAGCAGCACGGGCCCUAUCCUGGCAGGGACCAGCCAGGGGCAGCUGUACGAGGCGGAGAUAGCGGUGUCAGAGGAGCGACUGUUCACCUCCGGCCCAGACCUGUACUUCAAGAACGUCUACACCCUGGAGGAGGACGGGUGUCCGGCACCGGUCUGCUGCUUGGAGAUCGAGCGCAGCACUGAUACCCGCCUCUUCGUCAUCGUCACCACCCGCAAGCGGCUGUACCAGUUUGUGGGCAAGGCCCCGGAGAGCUCCGACCCACUCAUGUUCCAGCCCAUGUUCAGCCAGUACACCAACACCUUGCCCAGCUUCCAGGAGUUCCCUGCCAGCCUGGGCUACAGCGAGAUCUCCUUCUACACCUCCAAGCUGCGCUCCAGCCCCCGGUCCUUCGCUUGGAUGAUGGGCAACGGCGUGCUGUACGGCACCGUGGACUUCACCCGGCCUGACUCCCUCCUGAGUGACGUGCAGGUGUGGGAAUACUCGGCCGACAUCUCCCCCGAGACUCAGCCUCCCCGGUCCAUCGUCCUCACCCAGUUCCAUUUCCUGCUGCUGCUGCCCGACAGGGUGAAGGCCGUCUGCACGCUGAAUGGACAGCUGGUCUUCGAGGACGCCUUCCCCGACAAGUUUGGCCGCGUCCUGCGAAUGGUGAAGGACUCGGUGGCCGGGCUGGUGUGGGUCUACACGGAGAGGGCAGUCUUCCGCUACCACAUUCAGAAGGAGUCCCGGGAUGUGUGGCAGAUGUACAUGAACAUGGGGAAGUUUGAGCUGGCCAAGGAGUACUGCAAAGACCGGCCCGAGUGCCUUGACACUGUCCUUGCCAGAGAGGCGGACCACUGCUUCCGAAACAAGAAGUACGUGGAGAGCGCCAAGUACUACGCCCUGACGCAGAAGUACUUUGAGGAGAUUGCUCUGAAGUUCAUUGAGGCCAAGCAAGAGGAGGCCCUGAAGGAGUUUCUGCUGAAGAAGCUGAAGAACCUGAAGUUGGAGGACAGGACGCAGCUGACGUUGUUGGUGACCUGGCUGACUGAGAUCUACCUGAACCGGUUGGGCAGGCUGGAGGAUGACAAGAGCAAGCGCGGCCAGUUUGACGCCAGUCGGGAGGAGUUCCGCAAGUUCCUGAGCGGCUCCAAGAUAAAGGAGUGCCUGCUGAGCAACCGCUCGAUCAUCUACGACCUGCUGGCCAGCCACGGCAACGUGGAGGACAUGGUCUUCUUCUCGGUGGUCAUGCAGGACUACGAGCGGGUGGUGGCCCACCACUGCCAACACGACGACCAUGCUGCUGCCUUGGCCGUCAUGGCCAAGUGCCAGGACCCCAACCUCUUCUACAAGUUUUCGCCCAUCCUCAUGCAGCACAUUCCCAGGCAGGUGGUGGACGCCUGGAUCGACAUGAAGAGGAGGCUGGAUCCCAAAAGCCUCAUCCCGGCGCUGGUCAACUACAGCCAGAUGGGCAGCUCGGCCCAGGUGAGCGAGGCCAUCCGCUACCUGGAGUUCUGCGUGCACCAGCUGCAGGUGACGGACCAGGCCAUCCACAACUACCUGCUCUCGCUCUACGCCAAGUACAAGCCCAAGGCCCUGCUCUGGUACCUGGAGCAAGCCGGCUCCAGCGCCCACCACAUUCACUACGACCUCAAGUAUGCGCUGCGCUUGUGCGCAGAGAACAACCAGAACCAGGCCUGUGUGCACAUCUACAAGACCAUGGAGCUGUACGAGGAGGCGGUGGACCACGCGCUCCAGAUGGACGUGGAUCUUGCCAAGUCAUGUGCGGACAUGCCGGAGGAUGAUGAGGAGCUCCGUAAGAAGCUGUGGCUGAAGAUCGCCCGGCAUGUGGUCCAGGAGGAGAAGGACGUGAAGAAAGCCAUGGUGUGUCUGUCCAGCUGCAACCUGCUGAAGAUAGAGGACAUUCUGCCGUUCUUCCCCAACUUUGUCACCAUUGACCAUUUCAAGGAGGCCAUCUGCAGCUCCCUGCAGGAGUACAACAAGCACAUUGACGAGCUCAAGCAGGAGAUGGAGGAGGCGACGGAGAGCGCCAAGCGCAUCCGCGAAGACAUCCAGGAAAUGAGGAACAAAUACGGGGUGGUGGAGUCGCAGGAGAAAUGUGCGUCCUGUGACUUCCCGCUGUUGAACCGUCCCUUCUACCUGUUCCUGUGCGGCCACAUGUUCCACUCAGACUGCCUGCAGCAGGAGGUGGUCCCGCACUUCUCUCCCUUCAAACAGGCCAGGCUGGAGGAGCUGCAGAGAAGACUGGCAGCCGUGGGGCAGGCAAAAUCCCGACAGCGCAGCAAGGAAGCAGAGACCAGCGACCGGGGCCAGCAGUCCCGCGAUCAGAUCAAAUCAGACAUCGACGAUCUGGUGGCAGCUGAAUGUGUCUACUGUGGAGAACUGAUGAUUAAAUCAAUAGACAAGCCAUUUAUUGACCCACAGAGAUGUGAGGAGGAGAACAACAGCUGGUUGUAAGUGUGUCCCCGAUGUACAUUAACGUCCUUCUCUAUCGGGCUGCUUCCUACCGGGUGCCUCAGGUCCCAGGAGUUCAGUCCUAUGCAAGUGUGAUUUAUGCUUCUGCUCUGCAGCUUGUGUGGCUGCCUCCAGUAGCAAAUAAAGCUGAGCUUGUUGCACUGUGAAAGAUUGUGUGCUCAUUCUCUAUCGCUUGUGCAGCUGAAACUUUAAGGGGUGGCGAUGUUUGCGUUAAUGGACUGUUCCAGGAGUUGGAUGCUGUUCUUGGGGGUUGGAGAGAGCAAGGAAUGUGGGGAGAAAGCUGGACAGGACUUUACACUUCCUCGAUGCCUCUCGUGUAACUGUUAAUAUUUUCUUUAAAACAACUGUAACUGGUAACAUGUUCUUUAAUACAACACCAUUUAGCAAGAUAAAUUAACAAAUAAAUUAACUCUGAAAAUGGU